ACAAGACCGUUUUGGGGUUCGCAAGUUAACGUUACAAUUUGUAGGAUGUCCAGGCUCCAGAAUUUGGAAAAGAGUAUCCGAAGAGUGAACUCAGCUUCCUACCGUCAUUCUUGCGCGACACGAAAUUCUUCCCCCGUGAGGACGGCAGCCGCCAUGCCGUCGAUUUGGCGUCUCGCCCGAGCUCUCCGGUCAUGCCGUACGAUCGCCUCCGCCCAAACCCUAAACCCUCGUCCUUCCCUCUCUCCAUCUCCUCGCCUCCCUCUGUACAAUCGGAGAUGUGAAUGGGACAAACAGACUUAUGGUUCAGAAUGUCCAAGACCAAAAGGGCUGCACGAACUUCCUUUUCACAUAGCUUUAGCUGGAUUGCUUGGAUUUGGACUUGUAGAUGUCGCGUUUGCUGAUAGUAACGAGGCAGCGGCUAAAACUCCGUCUCCGCCGGAAUCUGCUAAGACUCCUCUGCCACCUGAAUCUGCAAAAACUCCUCCGCAGGAAUCUCCUGCAGCUUCAAGCCAUCAUAACCUUGAAGAGAUUGCAAGGAGGGAAAAAUCUCGAUUAGAAGAGUUGCUUAAGAGCAAAGGAGGUCGAUCUGGUUCUUAUCCUCGUUUUACUGUUUCCAUUAAGGGACAAAAGGUGACUAUCAAGUUCCAAGUUCCUCCAUCCUGUGAAAUUCCACUUCUGAUUACAAACCUAGUUUCACGUCUUGGAGUCAAGGCUGAAGACAAUGGUAUCGGAUCCGACAUGACAUUGCGAGCUUGGGACAGUGGGGUUGCUUGGCAGCUAACACUUCGUCGACCAAAAACUCUAAAAGACAUGAGUGGGAGUGAAGUUCAAUCGAAGGAUAAAAAUGCAGAUGAUGGAGACUUUUGCAUUCUCAUGUUUCGUCCACUCAUUAGCUCCGACAAAGCUGAAAUCGAGUUCAUGAAGCAAGGGAGUUAUACUUUUGAGGAGCUUGAUGCCUUGGCAUCUAUCUUACAGUUAGCUGGACAACCAAGAAACUUAGAGUUAAGGCCGAGGGGAGAUGCUGCACGAGUUCCCACAAUUGACAAAACAAUCACUAGUCUGGAGGGGAUGGGAGUCAAAAUUUAUGGACUCAAAGAACCCAAUUUAGAACAGUCAAAAGCGGAUAUAUCCUGGGAUAAUAUUGCUGGCUACGAUAAUCAAAAGCGAAUAUUACUUGCUCUAAAGAGUCCUGAAGUAUAUGAUGAUAUUGCUCGUGGUACUAGAUGCAAGUUUGAGACAAACAGACCACGUGCCGUGCUUUUUGAAGGCCCACCAGGUACAGGGAAAACAUCUUGUGCUCGCGUAAUUGCUAAUCAAGCGGGUAUCCCAUUGUUGUACGUGCCAUUGGAGAUUAUCAUGUCUAAAUAUUAUGGUGAGAGUGAGCGCUUGUUGGGAAAAGUUUUUUCACUUGCUAAUGAAAUCCCUGAUGGUGCCAUCAUUUUCCUAGAUGAGGUUGAUUCUGUUGCUACUGCUCGUGAUAGUGAAACACAUGAAGCUACACGGAGACUUUUAUCUGUGUUGUUACGACAGAUUGAUGGAUUUGAGCAGGAGAUGAAAGUAGUGGUUAUUGCUGCAACCAAUAGAAAACAGGAUCUUGAUCCUGCUCUGCUUAGUCGAUUUGAUUCGAUGAUCACUUUUGGCCUACCUGAUCAGCAGACUCGUGAAGCAAUAGUGGCUCAGUAUGCAAAGCACUUGACUAAAUCUGAAGUGGCUGAACUUGCCGGUGCUACUGAAGAAAUGUCGGGCCGUGACAUAAGAGACGUGUGCCAACAAGCGGAGAGGCAUUGGGCAUCAAAGAUCAUUCGGGGUCAAGCACAGAGAAUGGAAGAUCAGAGCUCGCUUCCUCCUCUCAGCGAAUACACUGAAAGUGCUCUGAAACGUCGAAGUGCUAUUCUUAGUAUUUCAAAUCAGAUCCGAGACCCUAACCAUGUUACAAAGUUUAAUUUCCUGUAAAGGCUUCCCAUACACUAUUUAAGGUAGUCAAAAGAUUUGCAUACAAACAUAAAUGUGUACAUAUUCAAUGUAAUUGGA